AUGCCCAAGGACGCCAAAUCCGACGCCGAAUGGCGCAAAACAUUAACCAACUUCGCAGCCUCCAAGGCAAGGACUUUGCCUCGAGGGUGUGCUCCGCCGAAGACUUCUAAAUGGUACGACGAGUUCCAGAAGAUCCUCAAGUGUCCAUUUGGGACUAGCCACCCCCUCAAACCUAAGGAGGUUCGUGGCUGUGAAUGUGGUUACCACCCUACGGUCAAGGACGACACCAAAAGACCCGAGCCUUCGAUCGACACCAAAGCGACGAUUGGUGGUGCUGGUCCUGUCGCUAGUAUCGCUGGGACCAAUCUGGAGCGGGUAGUGUCCAAGGAGCUAAGUGCUGCUAUGCCGAGGAAGCCUGAAGGUCUCACUGUAGCCGAUGUUAGAGAUGUGAUAGGGUGGCAAAUUCGCAAGGGGUUUAUCGACCUCUACAUCUAUGGUCCUACAAGCGGGGCGUGCCCAUCAUGCGAAGAUAGUUCAAUGCGUGCGAACGCCGUAUCUCGGACGAAGAUGGUGUACAGACAAGGAUGGCCAUGCUACCUUAUCGGGAUCGACCUGAAAUGUAGAAGUUGCGGGGCUCAUUGCUUGUCCUUCGACCCAUCUUACCGCGCCACUCUGACUGAGAGACUCCAACCCUUCCCUUUCAUCGUGUCGGGAAGCGCCAUGUCGGUGUGUAAAAAGCUUAUACUGGCUCUCCGUAUGGGUGUGGCAGCUAAGGUCCUCGAGGAACAAAUCAGGGCUACCAUAAGGUCCGAGUAUGUUACGAGGAAGAGGGAGUACGAAAACGCCGCGGCAGCCAAGCUGGCCCUUAAAUUGGCUGGUAGCUUCGAGCCUUUUCCUCCCUUCCCAGAGGAAUAUGUCGCUAAAUCACCGGCACUGUUACAGGCUUUCUUGGUGGACUAUGACCGAAAUCGCGACGAUUUGAGGAGAGAGCAGGCAGCUCUAGUCUCUACAACAGCCAUCGCCAUCGACAACCAGAGGAAAGUCGUGAAACGCACAAAGAUAGACGUAACUAAGGGAGAGGCAGGUACACAAUCACUGACUGCUGUGGGAGACGGAGGUUUGAUACUUGGCUAUUAUGUCGUCCCUGACGUUGGCAGGAUAUGGAUGAAGUCAGCAAUGGAAGAGCUCGUCCAACGGCACGGACCUAAUGUACCAAAACUAUUAUAUGUCGAUACGGGAUGUUGUAAUGGCAAACUAUCGACUGAGCAGCUACAACGGGAGAGUAGAGCCCAUCAAUAUGACUGGGAGAAGAACUUCAACAAGAAGCUAGAUGCGAUGCAUCUUAUCCUACGUAUCGGUAGAGAGGCUAAUAGUGAGCAUCCUCGACGGCGUCAAUUCCUCAAACAGAUCUCCAAGUCGCUCUUCCAGGACUCUGAGGAGGAUACAAGACGAUUGGAGGAGGUGAGGGCGAAAGCUAACCUUAAUCUCACUGACGAGCAGAAGAGGAUAGACCGCUCCAAAUAUGUGAGAAGGUCCAUCGGCGAUCCGAAGACUACUUGUGCCAAGUUGCUCCUAGUGGUGAAGGCUCACAUAGCCCUUGAUAAGGUCGCUGCGGAGCAGUGUAGGGCCGUCGGUAUGAAGACAGAGGCUGUAACCGUGGCAUCACCUUCGUACCCACUCAUCACCCACGCAGUCAAAAAUGCUGUGAUGAACCAGUGUGUACAUAUCCUCAAUGGCUGUGUAGCUGAUGAAGGCAUCGCUUACGUUCAAGUCGGCGAAGCGGACUACCGCAAUACUGGUGUAGUACUACCAGUGUACAAGUCCCUAAGAGGGACGUCGAAGGUAGAAUCACUGCAUUCUACCCUCGACAGGGCCUUCUACUCCAUGCGGAACUUCCGAACUAAGGUGUUUGAUGCUAGAGCCUCGUGGCAUAUCGCCAACUAUAAUAGAAGGCGAUUGGUGGCCUUGGGGAAAAACGCCAUACCGUGCGGGGUUGCUCCUAGCGAAGACGACGACGCCGUCUUGGCACCACCUGAGGCAGCGACGAAGUUGCUGUUGGGAUUCGAGUAUGCCAGAGCUACAAUGGGCGACGUCAUAGCAUUGGAGCUUGAAGGAGAACCUACUCCAGAUGAUGAUGUGGUACCUGUGGAAGGAGAUAUGGUAAACUAUGCUGAUGACUUGAGCGACGUCGAGGAGCCCAUAUGUGACACAGACAACCCCAUUUUAAUAGGAAUGGAUUUGUCACAAGGUGUGAGAGAAGAAGAUCUACUAAAACUGGAUAGCACUCUGUCUUCUAUGAUUACUGGAGAAAAUGCUCAAAUACCUCUACCGAACGGGCCUACUCACCUUCCGGAAAUCGAAUCCUUAUGCACGACGGUUGCUCAGAAGGCAGAUGUUGAUUCUCAAUGGUCACAACCAACAGGCGAGUUGGCGAGCUUCAGAAGAACGUCACACCGUGAUGUCGGCAGAAGGCGUGCUCUUGGUGGUUCACUGGUGGAGGUUACACCCGACUUCAACGACCGUAUGACCGAGUUAUGGACCGAAAUAUGGGCCAAGUCGACUUCGGUGACACGUCUAUCAGCACAAGUGGUACGAAGCGCUUUGGUUGAGUACAACACCCACCUCGUUCGAGAUAUUGCAGAAGAUCGACCCGGAUGGGAACCCCUCCUCCCCGUAUCCUAUGCAGGUGCCUUAAAGUGGAUGAAGGAGAUGCAGGCGAAGUGCCAUCAAUCAGCGACAACCGGUACUUUCACUCAAGAAGGCGUAGACAUCGCUAGAGACUUGGAGAGCGUUCUUGAAGUACCAACCUCGUUGACCCUGUUCCCUCCAACAACAAGUGGGACCGAGGAUGCACCUGGAGAUCUUCCGCCAGCUCCAUCCAUAUAUCCCAUGCAGCUCGUAUCAGACCAAGCAGAGAAUGAGAAGCUUCGUCGACAAAGAUCUCCAAGGCGCAAGCUGAAGCGACAAGAAUCUCCACUGUCGGAGGACCGAGCCGCCGCACGAUUAGCAAGAGAACGUCGGAGGAGGGCUGAGUUGGAGGUAGCAAGGCUUGGGCUAGAGGUACCACAGCAGCUGCCGAAGGGCGAGAGAAGGUGCGCUCUAUGCAACUUAAGUCGUGGUGGAGAGCAUAUUGUGAAGCACAACCAGAUCCUGUACUGUCCGCACGCGGACCCUACGAUCGUCAAGGAGGAGUAUGAAGCAGAGAGAAAAGCUGCAGAAUUAGCUCGCUACGAGCGAUAUAAUGCAAAGCGCAGAAGACGUUGA